GGCUACUGACUGUGUAGGCUGUGCAGUACUUCUGAAGCAAAGUAAAGCUGCGCCAAGUGUGUCGCAGUACAGACCAGUACAGACCCGUGCAUACCAGGUGUUCACUAGAUCAUGCAAUGGAGGAUAGAGAGAAUGAGCCCAUCGUUCCGCCGUUGUGGAGUAGCCUGGCUCUUUACCGUAAUUGCCGGAUUACUCCCGCGCGGAGCUCAAACCCGAAUUCACGCGCUGGUGCACAGAGCAGUGCUACUGCUGGCACCAAUAUGCUUCCGGCAGGCGACCGGAGAAAGCGUGAAGGCAGAGAUGUAGAACACGUGGCGGCGGAAGAUAGAACUAGAACGAACUCGCAGGCGGAAAAGCGGACUACCGCUGCUGGUGAGCACGGGACCAACUCCAGCCAGGCCCAAGCCCAAGGUGCACAAACCAACAUAGUAUUGUCAAAGCGGAAGAAAGCAUUGCUGGGUGCGUGUGUUAUCGCCAAUAUCGCCUCUGUGGCCUUGUGCAUGGCCAUCCUGCUCCCGUUCUUGACUGAGGAAGUCCUGAAAAUUUUCCCCACUCGAGGAAUUGGCCGUCACCUCGUGGUGGGAGUUGUAUUUGCCGUAACACCCGUCGUGGAGGCUAUAGUUGCUCCCCUAGUGGCAGCUGAUCUGCAAUAUGUAGGAGCAAAGAAUGUUCUAGUUUUAAGCUCACUCAUGGUGAGUGGGGCGUUGCUUCUGUUUGGAUUCAUCAACAAGAUAAAGUCAUGGAGUGCAUUUAUCACGUUAGCAAUAUCCAUACGCAUUGUGCAGGGCAUUGGGAGCGGCGCAAACUUCACAUCGGCAUAUGCCCUGUUUGUGACGACGUUUCCAGAAUCAAGCGGACAGGUGAAUGGCGUUAUACGCGGCCUGAACGGAUUUGGUUACAUGGCCGGUCCAGCACUUGGUGGAUUUUUGUACGAUGUCGGUGGAUUUGGCCUACCUUUCUUCAUAAUGGCCUCCUUUCUUGUCACAACAAGUUUUGUAAAUAUGAUCCUGCUCAUUGCGAAUGGAAAGGAUGGGCCUGCUACAACUGGCCAAACACAGCAACCGGAGAAGAACGCAGUAACGUUCAAAGCCAUCCUCAGUUUCCCAUGGGUGUGGAUGAGUCUGAUGGUCCUGGCACUGGCCGUCGCAAUGGGUGGAGUGUUGGAGUCAACCAUAUCUCAGUACAUGAAGGACUCGUUUGGAACGUCAUCGACUCAAGGUGGGCUUGCCAUUAUGGUGUAUGCUGCCGGGUAUGCCAGCGCAUCGUUUUUGAGCGGCUACACGCUUGAGAGGUGGAUAGGUCCACGGCGUAUGUGCCUGUAUGGACUUACGCUUUCCGUAAUUUCCUUUCUACUGUACGGCCCCGCAUCGAUAUUACCACUCAAACCGUCUCUUGCAUUGGUAUUCAUCUCCACCGUGCCUACUGCGAUUUCGGGAGCAGCGAUGCUGACUGCAGUGCCCGAAGAUAUGCUGCGCACAUUGGGUCACGAUGGUGUGGGCGAAGUGGCGGACGUGAGUGCCUACAUCGGUGCCAUCAACCAGGUGGGCUUGUCGCUCUUCUACAUGCCUGGCGUCCUGCUCGGCCCCGUACUUUCUGCCUCCAUAGGAUUGCGCAAGCUCUCCACUAUCGCGGCCGCAGCCUACCUCUCACUUACACUCGUCUACCUUGUCGGAUACUUAAGGAAGUGCAGGUCCGAGAAGCGGCAGCAGGAACUGGCAACCCACCACAGCAAUUCUCAUGACUGUGUUACUGGCGCAGGCGAACAGGCAGAAACCAUUCCACUUGUCACAGCUAACAGUACACCCAUCUCCAAUAACAUAGCAGAAAGUGACACGUCAAAUUGAAGCUCUAGACAAGUUCUUUGACACUCAGACAGCUGAGAGAAGUAUUUUGAACGUCCAUACCCCAUAGUACUCAGUCGUCGGUGUUUGGACAGAUCACAGAAGAAAUCACCCAAUCUAUUGUCCUAUGCGAUCACCUACAGCAUCUCCAUUUCGUGUGAUCCAAAUAAUCUAUUUUCCAUUUAUCAAAAUGCUUCUGAGAAAUUAUCGUUAUCCUUCUUUCUCAUAAUGCGUUAGGGUUUCAAGCUGUGCAUCACAACUCCAGCGAAGUAGUAAUCUUACGAAUUU